UCCAGUUUCUACUAAAAGUAAAUCAGAACUAAUGGAUGAGAGAUGAGAGGGAAGCGGGGAAAAUUGGUUGCACGGUCUGCCUGAUUUGGGGAGGGAGUGCUCUGUGGUGACAUUCAACUCCGCUGACGAAACGGGCGCGUUUUGACGUAGGUGGCACCUUGCGCACGGGGAGACGGAUGCGCAUGCGGCUGCGGGUUUCGGGGCUUUAUAAGCCCGCGGAGAACCGGCGGACAGGAUCACAGCCUCACAGACCUGCAGGGCGACGACUGGACCUCUUGGACCUCACUCAUCCACUCCUCUCAUCCUCCCGAGGUGUUUAAACGAGCCCCACCGCGACCAACAGAGCGCCCAGACAUGAACGGCCACUGCAACGGAGAUGUCAUCGACGCCGUGGAGCGCCGCAAGUCGUCCGCCGUGCACUGCAAGCACGAGACGUCCCGCAAGGACUCCGAGGACAAGUCCCACUUACCCGCGCUGGAGGCGGCCUACACCAGCAUCCUGCGGGAGCUCGGCGAGGACACGGACCGGCAGGGGCUGCUGCGCACGCCGCUGCGCGCCGCCAAGGCCAUGCAGUUCCUCACCAAGGGCUACCACGAGACCAUCGACGACAUCUUAAAUAACGCCAUAUUUGAUGAGGACCAUGACGAGAUGGUGAUUGUGAAGGACAUAGAAAUGUUUUCACUGUGUGAGCAUCACCUGGUGCCCUUUUUUGGAAAGGUUCACAUUGGCUAUAUCCCCAACAAAAAAGUGGUGGGACUGAGCAAGCUGGCAAGAAUUGUGGAGAUUUUCAGUCGGAGGCUUCAGGUUCAAGAGCGCUUGACCAAGCAGAUCGCCGUGGGAAUCUCCGAGGCCCUGCAGCCAAAAGGCGUAGCUGUGGUUAUUGAAGCAACGCACAUGUGUAUGGUAAUGCGUGGCGUCCAGAAGAUGAACAGCCGUACACUGACGAGCACCAUGCUGGGAGUUUACCUCGAGGACCCCAAAACCCGGGAGGAGUUCCUGACUCUUUCACAGCACUCCUAACAAACGUCUCACUCACUCACUCACUCACUCACACACUCACACACACACUCACACACACACACACACACCACUGAUUACACAGCAGCCCCUGGACAGCCCCUCCGGAGUAACACGGGCCAAACCAAUAGAAGGAACCGAGCCAAGUCUAGAUCUCGCCUGUCUACACACUAAAGCCUGAAAGAUUCCAGGUCCAGCCGCUGAAAUACAUAAUUUGAAAUCACUGUGAAUGAAAUAGUGAAAGUAGGCCUCACAGUCAUUGUGCCUUAGAUAUUUUACAGUCCUACAUGGCAAUAUUGUUUUUAUAAAGUAUGAGUGCAAUGUUGUAAUGUCACAAUACUUUUCUUUUUAAAAAUUUCCUGAUGGGAAUUUCAUUGGUGCUUUUGCGAAGAGAUACCCUUCCUUGCUUUGUUAUUGUAUUUAAAAUCAACCGAUUUUAAUUAUUUACCUCGCUGUGUCCAUUCUGCAUAUACAUUUAUGAAGCCUUUGUAAUAUAUGAGAUUUUUAAAGACACACGCUGAAUCAUUAUAUCCGUAGUCCAAAGAGUAGAAUAACUUAUGCACCGAGUAGAUGUUUGCUUUUCUUAGUGAUCACUGUAACAAGUAUUUUGAAAAUUCUUUGCUUGAAUAAAACAUGGAAACAUUA